AAAUUAAACACUCUCCCCUACCUCUUUCUCUAUCUUCCAACUUACCUUCUGAUCAUCUCAAUAAUUAACUUACCCUCCAAUCUCUUGUAAUUGUUUUUCAGUACUCCUACUAUUCUAAUUCUUUCAAAACCCACAACUGAUUUACCAGCGUUAAUUAAAAAUGAUGAAGGUUGUAUUGAACGUUGAAAUGAGGGAUUCAAAGACAAAGAAAAAGGUGUUGGGUGCUGUUUCUGGUCUUUUAGGUGUUGUAUCAGUGGCAACAGAAGAGAACAAGAUCACAGUGAUUGGAACUACAGAUCCAAUUAAGAUUGUUAAGAAAGUAAGAAAGGUUUGGCCAACAGCUAAUAUCAUCAGUGUUGGACAAGAGAAAGAAGAUGCAAAGAAAGAAGAAUCUCAACCCAAAAUAGAGCAAAUUGAUUGGGCUAAGGCUUACACAACCUUCUAUUCUUACCCUACAUCUCAUUACUAUUAUCCAUAUCAAGAACGACUAUAUGUAUAAACCAAAUGGUUGUGUUAUCUCCUAAGUUACUCCAGAGGUUGGGACGUAUGGCGAGAGAGUAAUAUCCGUACUUCCAAGUUCUAUAGGAUAAUUAAGUAGUGGGUUAUUAGAAGACAAACAUCAAUCUAAAUCCACCAUGAUCUGAUGGUGGAAAUCUGUUAUGUUCACAUUGUGGUGACCUCUCCGAAUACUUUUCUAAAUUCACAUAAUAUAUACAUAUAUAUAUUAGCUAUAGAGGUCAAGGCUAUAAUUCUUUUUCUGAGUACGUGGUGUGGUCAAUGUUGAAGUAAAUAUUAAGCUGUUUGUUUAUGUUUAAGUUGAUGAUUAUUAAUAGAGGAUAUAUGGAUUAUUAUAUGUGAUGAAAAAGAAAUCACUUUUUUGAAAGUUUUGAAUAAAA